CGCACGUUAUGCUCUUCCGUCUCCCCGUUCUUCCUCUUCUCCUCUUCGGGGCAGCCUCCUUCGUCUCUACGGUCUGCGCAGCCGAAGACAAGCCGUGUACCGCACAUCACGAUGGGAAAUAUUACGACCUGAACCGUGUUCAGUCGACAGACGAUUACAAGCUGAGCAGCCCGGGCAAUCUCGAGAUCGUCCUGAGCGCCUGCAAGAGCGUGUCGCAAGAGACGUGGGGACUGAAGGGCAUCGACGAUCCUGCGAAUGUCGCGGGAUUCGUGAGGCGGGGACACGGAGAUUUCUCUCUCGGACGCACAAAUACCACGCUGUCAUUCCACUCGCGUUCCAAGCACCCGCACCUCGCGUUCACUGGCGGCUCCAAAUGCGUUGAUUCCGCGGGGAACGCGAUCGACAACCUGCGCGGCUCGAGUGAGAUCGAGUUCGUAUGCGAUCCGGGGGCGGGUCGUGGGCAGCCGCGUCUGGUUGCGCAGCUCCCCGCGGGCCCAGACGACAAGGCGUGUGCGUGGGUGUUCGAGUGGCGGACUGCGGCCGCCUGUCCGACAAGCGAGGGAAUUACGUUCGGCGGAUUUAUUUGGGGGUUGUUCAUCUCCAUCAUCCUGCUCCUGAUACUCUAUGUCGUUGUCGGCACCAUCUACAAUCACUUCGUACUCAACUUGCAGGGCACCGAUGCACUGCCGAGGUUUUCUGUCGCGGGUAUGAUACAUCACGGUCGAGAUGCGCUGGAGAUGGCGAGUGAUUGGGCAGCAACCUACGGACGUGGACCGCAAUAUGGAGGCCGCUACGAUGCCUUGCCCACCGACCGCGAAGGGGGCGCAGGUUUCACUUUACCCAGCUCCGCGGACUCGAAUUCCGCCUUCGUCCGCACGCGCAAGGAGCCAGUGACGAAUCCGGCGAGCCAUCAAACCCAGGUCAUGGCUCCCCCAGCCCAAGGCGGCGGUGGCGUGCAGAUGCCCGCACCGGCGCCUGCGCCGGCAAGCGUCAGUGCUGUCAAUGCGGCCGGGUCCGGAUUGAAUCCCGCAAGCCACCAGGCGCAGCUCAUGGCCGGUAUGCCUGUCCCACAGUUCUCUCGAUCUGCAGGUUCAGCGCCGCCUCCGCCCGCGCCGAUUCGCGUCCCAGCUCCGGAGCCAGUUGUUGCUGAAUCCGAAGCUCCGUCGUUCGCGGUGGGGGACGACGAUGUCGACGAGGAGGAGAGUGGUGGAAUCAAACUUUAGUAUGGGAUGUAGCACGCAUGUCUUUCGGAUUGCUAUGUUGUACAGCCAGUCAGCCAACCAUUUUUCUCAUGAAAGGAAACACUACGGGCGUUGC